AUGGCUGCCCAUCGCGCUGACGCCAGCUCGUUCCUUGACAAUCGCGGAUACACGGGCACCCUCGUCCGUGGCGUCAACCCUGUGACGCUGUUUGAGAAAGCCGUGCGCGACCGCAUCACCGACUCAUAUUACUGGAAGGAACAGUGUUUCGGGUUAAACGCGGCGACUCUGUGCGAUCGCGCUGUCGAAUUGUCCUGCCUAGGCGGUAUCUACGGUGUCUCUGAAAAACCCACGCCUUUCCUCUGCCUCGCCUUCAAAAUGCUCCAGCUCACCCCCGACCGAGACGUCAUCCUCGAGUACCUGAACUUCUCAGACCCCGGCAGUGACGAAGAGGGAGAGGACCCGGAAAAUGGAGUGGCCAAGGAACGAGGCGAUUUCAAGUACCUGCGGGCCUUGGCUGCAUUCUAUGUGCGGCUGACCUUUGAAGCGGUUGAUGUCUACAAGACGCUCGAGCCGCUCCUGGCCGACUACCGGAAGCUCAAACGCAGAGUACGCGACACCUUCGUGCUUACGUACAUGGAUCAAUUCGUCGAUGAUCUUCUCACCAAGGAUCGUGUCUGCGGAACAAGUUUAUGGAAGCUGCCACCGCGGCAACAGCUGGAGGACCUGGAUCUACUGGACGAACGGGUUAGUCCACUGGCGGACGAGUUGGAGGAUCUCGAUCGCGACAGCAACGAAGGGGAAUCCGAAGGCGGUCGGGAACACAGUGGUGGAGAGUCUCCGCACAGUCGAGUCGAGGGUGGCGAUUGA